AUGGAGACGGGACGUGACCCUGAGAGGCAAAACCGGAGCCUAAAGAAGGCUUUAGACCACAUCUGCGCAGCGUUUUGGGAGCAGAUCAGACUCCGCGCAGAAACAGCGGCAGCCCUCUCCUCACAGAAGGCAGAUGCAGCCACUCCAAAGCACGGCACGCUGGAGGGGACAGAUGAACCCCCUAAACAGCAGCAACAUUCAUUUGAACGUCCGGAAAUUAAAAGCGGGGGGAGACAGGGCCCACAGCGCAAACAACGCAUCCGCACCCUACAGAGGAGACGGAAGAGGCGCCCGCGAAACUUGACUCAGAAGGGCUGCUCCACACACAGGCAUGGCACCCCAACCUCCCAGGGACCGGCACCCAGACUCAACCGCCUCCCCAUAACAGCUGAUGGAGCAGCUCCUCACCUACCCAGCUGGAACACAAAGAGACACAAAACACCAAAAGAAAAGUUUUCCAGCCUAAACGCAAUACCUGCUAUCUCCCUGUACCCACAGGCUCGUCGACUUCCACACUGGAACGAAAACCUGAGCGACAUGCGGCAGGACUGGCUUGCGACCCCUGAAGGCAUAGGCUGA